GGGCCGAACGGAGCGGAGCGGCUUCAGAACAGAGCCCCGAGAGAAGCUUUUACUACAACCUCCACAACAACAACAACAACAACCACCACCACCACCAGCAGCAGCGCCGCCACUGCACGGGGUGUGGGCAGAGAAAGCUAAACAUCACAACACCGAGAGGAGAAGCUUCACAACCGACCGACCCGACCCGACCCCCCCCCAGUAACUAUGGUGAUGAUGGCCGUCUCGGCUGUGGACAGUGUGAGUCUGGCCCACCUCCUGACCGAGGACCCCUCCCGGUGUCUGCUGCUCGACUGCCGCUCCUUCUUCGCCUUCAGCGCCUCUCACGUCUCGGGGGCGCUCAACGUGCGCUUCUGCAGCAUCGUCCGGCGCCGCGCCAAAGGGGCGAUGGGGCUGGAGCACGUCGUGCCCCACGAGGAGAGCCGCUCCCGCCUGCUGGCCAGUCACUACACCCUGGUGGUCGUCUACGACGAGCGGACUGUGGAGUUUGAGUCGCUGAAGAAGGACAGCACCGCGCUGUUAGCGGCCAACGCGCUGUGCAGAGAGCAGUAUGGAGCCACGAUCGCUUACCUCCGAGGGGGAUAUGACACUUUCUCAGCGGAAUGCCCGGAAUUUUGUACCGAAUCCCUACCGCCCUCCGGACUGUCCCUGUCCCUGAGCGCUGACAGUGCGCACUCAGCUCCGGUCUCCUGUGGCACUCCACUGUAUGAUCAGGGUGGUCCGGUCGAGAUCCUGCCUUUCCUGUACCUGGGCAGCGCUUUCCACGCUUCCCGCAGGGACAUGCUGGACGCUCUGGGCAUCACGGCUCUCAUCAACGUGUCGGCCACAUGCCCCAACCACUUUGAGGGACAUUACCUGUACAAGUGCAUCCCCGUGGAGGACAGUCACAAGGCGGACAUCAGCUGCUGGUUCAAGGAGGCCAUUCACUUUGUCGACUCGGUGAAGAACGCUGGGGGCAGAGUGUUUGUACAUUGCCAGGCUGGUAUCUCCCGCUCAGCCACCAUCUGCCUGGCCUACCUCAUGAGCUCCAACCGCGUAAGGCUGGACGAGGCGUUCGAGUUCGUUAAGCAGCGUAGGAGCGUCAUCUCCCCCAACUUCAGCUUCAUGGGGCAGCUCCUGCAGUUCGAGGCCCAGGUGUUAACCCCUUCCUGCUCGGCCGAGGCUGCCAGCCCUCUGAAGAAACCAUCCGGAGCCUCCUCAACCCAGUUUGUCUUUAACUUCCCCGUCUCCAUGCCCGUCUGCUCAGCCGCCAACUCGCUGGGGUUCCUUCAGCCCAUCACAGCCUCUCCCACCUACUGAGGCUUGUCACCCCCAAACACAGCCUCCCUCCCAUUUACAGGGGGCUGUUACACUGAACGCACAGCCUCCCACCUACUGAGGGCUGUCGCUCUGAGCACAAACCUGAGCCCGAAUACUAUCAGGUGGACUUUGAUGUCUAUACUUUUAUUUCAAUGUAAAGAGUUUAUAGUUGUUGCUUGUUUCUGAAUGGACCAGAAUUUUUGUUUUAUUUCCCUACAAAAACUGCAAUACCUCAGUCCUAUGUUUUUGCACUGUCAGAAUCACAAAACUGUCUGGGGAAAGCCGGUGUUUUAGCACUUUUUAUACUGAACUUUUAUAAACCUGCUGGAGUUGGUCAUCUUUUUGAGAUUGACAGCAAUUUAUGCAGAUUCCCAUUUUGAUAAUUUAUACAAUUACUAUUUAUUUAUGGAACGGUCAUUGUUUACAUUACUGUACAGUUUUUAUAAGGCUGCAAUAAAACUUUUUUAUAUAUUGAAUUACAAA